CCCUACCUCGCCAAGCUCACCAAUCAACACGCACGCGCCCACGCAAUGCAUACAGCUUUGAUGGCUCCGUGGCGGCAUUUGUCCGAUUCAUCACCUGUAAGCGCUUGUUUGAGAAUGUACCAGGCUAGAAAGCGCAUUGCAUUGCUGGCUUACUUGGACCACCAGACCACAGACCAACCCCUUGCAGCUUCUCAACCGCCGCGCCACGAGGCCCCAUGCACACCAGCGCCAGUAUUUAUGCAGAGGCUGUUACAAAUACAGCUAAAUCCAGUGUCUUUAAGCUGUUAUAGUUGCUUACUACUUAUUACCAUGGGCGGCGUGCACUUUGUCAAUGAGACCGGUCGCGACAAGAUUGUAAUUGUGUUCACCGUUGUUUGGGUGCCGCUGCCUGCGGCAUAUUACCGCGAGAUUGUUCGGCUGGCGCCCGGCGAGGAGAAGUGGGUCCCAACCUUUGGCGGUCACGCCAACGUGUUCGCCUGGCCGAGCACUGGCGACGCGGGCAAGGACCGCCUCAUCAUGGACACGCUCGGGAAGUAGCGGCAGGUGUUUGUGGCCUUCAACGUCGUGCGCG